AUGAAAGGUUCCGCCAACACGAUCAGGACUGAAGCAGUGCUUGUUGACAGCCAGAUAGGGCUUGUGUCUCAAAAGAUGAAAGGUUCCGCCAACACGAUCAGGACUGAAGCAGUGCUUGUUGACAGCCAGAUAGGGCUUGUGUCUCAAAAGACUGUCGACCUUCUUGUCGAGAUGUCAACGCCAUUUGUCGAGGACGCCGUCCAACUACUCCUCCAUCGUGGUAUACCAGUAUCCUCGCUUUUCCAAUUUCCCACCAAAAACGAACUUCUCGUUGUUCAAGGAAAAUUCUUGAGGCUUGAAACCGACAUAGACUUUCCGAUGUUCCUUUAUUAUUCCACUAUUGCCUAG